UAUUCUAUUCCUUGAGACACGAUGUUGGCCCUUGUUGGCACGUGUGCCGAGUGUGGCCAUUAGCUCCUGACCGUCCAUCACCAUCCAAACCAUUGCUACCUCCUUCGAUUUGCCACCCACGAUCAGCAGUCUCUAAACAGAAAGCAUGGAAGGGCUCACCCUGCAGCUGAUUCGCGGCCGUUGGUUCAUGGUCUUCGCCUCGUUCCUGAUCAUGUCAGGGGCUGGUGCUUCCUACAUAUACGGCAUCUACUCCAGCGACAUAAAAUCAUCAAUGUCCUACGACCAGCAAACGCUCAACACCCUCGGAUUCUUCAAAGACCUCGGUGCCAACGUCGGUAUCCUCUCCGGCCUAAUCAACGAAGUGACCCAGCCAUGGGCGGUCCUCGCCAUCGGUGCAGCCAUGAACUUCUCUGGCUACUUCAUGAUCUGGCUCGCCGUGACAGGCCGCAUCACCCAACCUGCAGUCUGGCAAAUGUGCCUCUACAUCUGCAUUGGCGCCAAUUCACAGACCUUCGUCAACACCGGCGCACUCGUCACCUGCGUCAAGAACUUCCCAGAGAGCCGUGGCAUCAUAAUCGGCCUCCUCAAGGGCUAUCUCGGUCUCAGUGGUGCCAUUUUCAAUCAACUCUAUCUAGCAAUCUACGGCCACGAUUCAAAGUCACUGAUCCUACUGAUUGCGUGGUUCCCAGCUGCACUCUUCGUCGCCUUUCUUGGAACAAUUCGGAUAAUAAAACCCGUUCGGCAGCCAAACGAGCUCAAGAUAUUCUACUCAUUUCUCUACACUGUACUCGCGCUCGCCGGAUAUCUCAUGCUUAUAAUCAUUAUUGAGAAGCAGUUCAACUUCUCCGCUCCUGAGUAUGGUGGCAGUGCAGCCGUCGUUCUUUUCUUGAUAUUCCUCCCUGUUGGUAUUGUCUUGAGAGAAGAGAUUUCAAUAUGGAAGCUCAAAAACAAAUCCACGAUAUCCGUCGAGAUACAAGAACAACCAUCUGUAUCAGCAAUUCCACCACCCCCACCACCGAUUCCUUCAUCUCCCAAACAGCAGCUAUCAGCUACACGAACACCCAUUUCCCGCAUUGCAAAUAUAUUUAAGUCGCCAAAGAGAGGCGAGGACUACACCAUCCUCCAAGCGCUCGUGAGCAUCGACAUGCUAAUCAUCUUCAUCGUGAUUAUAUGCGGCCUCAGCGGCACUCUGACAGCAGUAGACAACAUGGGUCAGAUCGGCGAGUCGUUGGGAUACCCACAUCACACGAUCGGCACCUUUGUAUCAUUGAUAAGUAUAUGGAACUUCUGCGGUAGGGUGGCGGCUGGUUUUGUAUCUGAAAUUCUCCUAUCUAGGUACAGGUUCCCACGACCGUUGAUUCUCACGUGGGUCCUACUCCUCUCUUGUGUGGGCCACCUCCUGAUUGCAUUCCCCACCUCAGGGUCCCUCUACAUAGCGUCGGUGAUCAUCGGAUUCUGCUUCGGAGCGCCAUGGCCGUUGAUCUACGCCAUCAUUUCUGAAGUUUUUGGACUCAAGUACUAUGGUACAUUGUACAAUUUUGGCGCCCUUGCUAGCCCGCUUGGAUCGUAUAUAUUCAAUGUGAAGGUGGCGGGGCUACUUUACGAUCGGGAGGCGAUGAAGCAGCGGGCGGUUGUGGGUGGGGCUAUUACCGGCAAGUUGACUUGUAUUGGGCCUAAGUGUUAUAGAUUGUCGUUCAUCAUCAUCACGGUUGUGACUUUCAUUGGAUCGUUGGUUUCACUUGUGCUUGUGAUCAGAACAAGGAAAUUCUACAAGAGUGAUAUCUACUCGAGAUUCCGAGAGGUGGGUGAGAUGGGAACGGAUGAGACUUGUGCCGACCGCAAUGGGAAUGAUGGGAGAGAGAAGGAUGAGGAGAGAGCGUCUUCUACAGCUACGAUGGAUGACAACAAGCUAUAGAGUGAGAGAGAGGGAGGGGAAUGCGGAUCGUCUGUUUCUUGGGCAGAGGAAUUUCCUGUGUCCUCGAAUUUCAUGACCCUGUUAGGUCACAUGGUCAUGUUUAUGUAAAAUCAGUCCCGACCACCAAGCGCAUCCCUCCUGUUAUAGGCCGAAAGCCCAAAAAUCAACAGCAUCUAUAAUUCAGUGGAAGAUAUGAUUGGAAACAACGUACUUUCCAUUAGUGUGGUAAAUAAAGUAUGGGUAUGAAUUUUGGGCCACCAGACUAAAUUGUUGUGUAAUUUAAUGAUGGGAGUAAGUAUCAAUUCGAUCAUGAAAA